AUGGCCGAUUCACCGCGCGGCCACAGCUCAGGCAUCGCAACUCCAGGUGCCUCUGCUGGUGCUGCACCCCCUCCACCACCGCCGCCGCCGCCGCCGCUACCUCCUCCACCUCCCCCGGCACCUCCCUUACCACCCCAGCGCUAUUCAAACAGAGCUACCAGUGCUCUUGCGCGGCUCGCUCAUCCAUUCAUCUACGGUUCCAGGCCUCCAAGCCCACAGCCUACUUCUCCACUACCAGUCCCAACACCACCUCCGGCCCUGGUGACUAGACCCAGUUAUACCAUCUCUCCUCCAGGCAGCGCUCCGAUAAUCACGCAUAAGACAGGAAUCCCAAUAUCGGCUGUUGACAUCUCCCCACAGCGCACUCAUGCCGUCGUCGCCGGAAGGGAAAUCCUUAAGACAAUACGCGUCACGUCUUCACAGUGUGUUGAAGAGACAAACAUCCGGUCCGCUGUGAUCGGCCACUCCUCCAGCCACCACCCUUCUGGACCGUCCACCAAAAACAAAGAACAUCUAGCUACCAAGGAUGUCAAGUGGUCUCAUUCGGAGUAUAACCGAAUCAUCGCCGCAGCAACAAGCAAUGGACGUAUUGUUGUUUACGACCUGAGCCGCCCUGGCGUGGAGUAUAGCCGCUUCCAUGAGCAUUCACGCCAGGUCCAUCGACUCGCCUUCAGCCCAUAUCGUGGGGCCUGGUUACUUUCUGGAAGCCAGGAUGCCACCGUGCGACUAUGGGAUUUACGCACGGUGUCUAGUGAUAGAGCUGCCAUGCAUAUAGGGAGUACAAGCGUGUUCAAUGGCCACAGCGAGGCAGUACGUGAUAUCAGGUGGUCUCCUGCUGAGCCUGUAGAGUUUGCCACAGCUACAGACAGUGGUGUCAUCCAGAAAUGGGACAUUCGUAAAGACAAUGUUCCUGUUAUACGGAUAAAUGCCCAUGAAAAAGCCUGUUCGUCUGUGGACUGGCACCCCGAUGGCAGGCAUCUUCUCAGCGGCAGUGUGGACCGCCAAGUAAAAGUGUGGAACUUCUCUUCGACUGACCGAAGACAAAAACCGUGCCUCCAACUGAGGACGCCGCAGGCUGUUUCAAAUGCGCGCUGGCGACCACCGUCCUUGACAGGUCAUGAUUAUGAGACCGCCAGCUGGGAAUCUACUCAGAUUGUUACGUCAUACGAUCAGGAAGACCCCCGUAUCCACAUCUGGGACUUUAGAAGGCCACAUAUUCCAUACAAGGAACUUGACCGUUAUGCCAACUCGGCUACAGACCUAUUAUGGCAUUCCCAAGAUUAUCUAUGGACUGUUACUUCGGAGGGUAUAUUCAUGCAGACUGAUAUCAGUUUAGCCCCUGAAGCUAUAGAGCGAAGAGCUCCAUGUGCGGUAACAUGGAGUCCUGACGGCAAAGUUCUCGCAUUUUUCGAACCACGUCGAAGAAGACACAGGCAGAGUUAUAACUACAGCAAUACAGAAACUGUUGAAUCCGUCCCUGUGCCUUCUCAACGAAGGGCCAAAGAGGGCGAGGACAAGUUACACACUGCCAGUCACAGUCUCACUGACGAGGCUCCCGAUGAUGGAUCUCAAAUUGUUGGAAUCCGAAAACGUUCAAACAAGAUAUCAUCAGCCAGAAGCUCUAAAUCCCUUAGUGCUACCCCACCCAUGCAAGAUGAUGAACUACAGGUCGUCCCACUUGUCAAGUCAGUCGGUAAUAUUAAAGAUAUUACCAAUCAACAAGACGGCAUGAUCGGACGUGUUGAGGGAGCAACAUUCAACCCGGAUGCUUUCCAUUAUCUAGUGCAUCAUUAUUCGCCACUACUGGCAGACCCGCUCAACGAACGGAAUAUGUCAGUUGAAGUUGUUAAACACCUUCUAGACGGGUUAGACGAGAAUACCCUGCAAGCUGCAGCUGUACGCUUCGACCGGCUGGCGCAGACUUGGCGAAUUGUAAGGUAUGCCAUUUCACAGGAGCUACUAAAUCAACACAAGCAGCGUCAACUUGAGUUAAAACAAAACAGUAUCUCCAAAGCUGCACCUAAGAUUGGUAGCCGUGGCAGUAGCACUAAUAUAAUAAAGCUUGAUCCAACUGUUUCUGAGAAAUCCAAGACUCGAAUCUUCAAAAGUGUUGUUGAUGGGGAUUCUCAAAGACUUAUGACACUAAGUCCGGAGCCUAAUUCUGGUGCUACAACUCCACUUGCGCGACCCAUUCCCGAUUCAUCAAUUGCUGCUGCUAUAGCUGGCGGGCAGGUACCAAAUACAGGCUUAAAUGAAGAGUUUGGGCAACUAAGACCGAUCCCAUCACUGAUUUUAUCAAGUGAUGAGGUGCUAAGCAAACAGGCGCAGGCGAGUGUGGCUGGCCUAGGCCUUGAUAAUGCCGAAGCUGUUUGGCUUCAAGAUACCAAUGGAAUGAAAACUCCGACAAACAAGCGCUCAACUCAACCCAAUGGCGAAGAACCAAUUCCGGACCAGACAAGAUCAGCUCCUCGAGCUAUAUCUGGUAGGGCAGAAUGGAGGCGUGAUGAGAAACCUCACCCUAAACCCGCUGGUGAUGAAUCAGCCAUUAAAGAUGAAGGUGAAGCAGACGAGGAAGUCAAUAAGAAGGAACAUGGCGACAUUAUUGCGCCACAGACCCAUCAAGUCUUUCGCAAACACUUGUUAUCAAUGGAGCGUGCGGCACAGGAGAGACCCUCUAUUCCCGUUACAUACAAACGCCAUGACUCUGGGGAGAGUUUUCCUAUGUUUUCAGCUUCAGAUAGCUCCCACCGCACAAAGUCCUUUGAUGAGGCAUCUUCUUCACUCACAAAUGAGCCUUCGCGUUAUGAAGGCUGGCCAUCGACAACUGAAGGGUCGCUACAUGAUAUACCCGAGCUAGAAGGGAGCUCUCCUCCUAGGCCCGGGAGAUGGGAAAACCACAGUGACUCAAUGAGUGACAUGUCAUUAGAGGAUUUACCUAUACAAUCUGCGACCGUUGACCUUGAAAGGCCUGUCAGCCCACUACCUUUCCUGGCAGAGUCAUCUCCCAUAAGAAAGCCUUCACGAGUUGGGUAUUCUCGUCCCCCAGCACGGUUUAAAACUCCGCCUGGUAUACGUAACCCUUCUCUGCCGCCAGAAACAUCUGUUACCCUCCCGCUCUGUCCAAAGUCUACGUCGGACACACCCUGGGGUGUUCAAACAAUCGUAAGAGAAAUAAUAAAACACUACUGUAGUAGUGCAUCUGUUGACAUUCUCUCUGCGUCUCACCUUCUUCAUAAGAUGCACAUACUCUACAGCUCUUGCGACGAGCUUCUACCCCAGGAAGAGCGGGAGCUAAUAUUCAAGACCUUCAACGAACAGCUUCUCCGGCAGGGCAUGUUUGUUGAAGCCGCUGAAUUUCGACUUGUUUGUGUUCCGUCAUAUCCAGCUCUCUAUGACUAUGCUCAAAAGGAUACAUUCAUUAACGUGUUUUGUUUUGAAUGCAACAAACCCUAUGAAAAUCCAAUCCAAGACAAUAAGCUAUGCCACCGAUGCAACACACCUCAACCCCCAUGUACAAUUUGCGUCAGUCGUAAACCCCCUGCAGAUUGGGUGACUGAAACCAACCAUGGCCCACGAACUAAUACCAACCUUACUAAUGGUUCUUAUACGAGCAUUAGCCCGCUUGAAGAUGGCUUAAUAUAUCAACAACAGGAACAACCUGGAUCUCGAUUAUACGGCUCAGGCUUAUGGUCAUGGUGCCAGACAUGCGGACACGGAGCCCAUACAGCGUGUUUAACUGCGUGGCUAACAGAUAUAUCACUUAGCGAAGGUGGCUGUCCCACUCCUGGAUGCUUCCAUGACUGUGGUCCCGGUCCUCGACGAGAACAGAACCGCCUUGCCCAACAGGAAGCUAGCAAAAGGUCGCGAAAUGCCUUCUAUGGUCGCAAGCCGAGCUCAACGUUUAUCAAGAGAGAUUCAUGGACAGCCGGCGAAAGCAGAGCUGUUGAAAGGGUCAGAGGCAUCCUUGGCGGAGGAGCUUCUAGUACUGUGGAGGCUGGACCUACCGCAGGCCAAGGAAGUACCGCCGGAUCUUCUUCCGGUGGUUUAGUGCCCUCAGCUGUUAUAUCUCCAAAGAAAGUCAGACUUGUUGCACCCGGUGAACAAGACACCGUAGGAAAGGAGCGCUAA